GCUUUUUACAGGGAGAUGCAGCUGUUGCUGUGGUUUGGGUUUUGCAUGUUCUUUUGUCAGAAAUAUUCAAUAACAUGGGUGAGACUUUCUUGUCUUGAAAACUAUCAGUGUUUCUCUGUAUGGUGAACUCUAAUCAAGGUCGUGUUUUGCUGUCUUAAGGUUUAUUAUUAUUAUGGCAAUGGUUUUAGUUUUGUUGUUUAAAGGAGAGUUUGGUUGGGUUUUGGAUUGGUUUGGGUUUUUUGUGGUUUUUUCUUUCUUUCUCUCCUUUCCUAUUCAUGCUUCUAGUUUUGGCAGUCUCUAUGCAGCAUCCCAGGAUUUCUGGAUCAUACAGUCUGUGUAGCUACCAAGUCUUUAUAUUGGAUGUGCUUCAACUUUUUGGUUUAGUAUCUAAAAUCAUCUUAUACCAAUGAUACUUACAUGUGUUUCUCUGGGUUGGGAAAUGAGUGUUCUACCUUCCGUCACUGGACUCGGGCCAGUGCUGUGGAGGUCAACUGUAAUGUGUGUGUAAAUGUUUUACUAACUUGUUGAACUCAGUUAACUUACAACUUGUUGAAAUUCAUCCUGUGUAAUUAUCUGAGCAUGUUUCACUGCUUGUAUUGAGUUACGAUAAACUCAAAUUUGAAUAAAGCAACGCGACUGAUAAUUUCUGUGCCUCCAUGACCUUAUAAUUUGCCUGAUACAUAGUCCACUCCUACUAGCUGAAAGCGAAGGUGAAGAAAAGUGCAGGCACAGUGUCUCUUGUCGCAGUGCUCCGAAGUGGUUUUCAUUAGGAAUCUCUGGAGUGGAAUAGCUGUUGCUUGCAUCCUGCUUCAGAACCAACUGCAGCUCUAUGAUUGCUGAUCCAUGCUUGACUGCCUCAAGGGGUCCUGGCAAGAUGGCAUCUUCCAGACUUCCCAUCCUUCUAUCAUUGGCAUUUUCCUCUUUGUCCUUUGUUCUUUCCCAUUCAAACAGGGAGAUGUGGUUUCAGGAUUUCUUUCCGCCUAAUGUGUGCCCUAUAUAUGCCAAAGCCAACACUUUUUAUGGCAUAAUGUUUGAUGCAGGGAGCACUGGAACCCGGAUUCACAUUUACACCUUUGUACAGAAGAGCCCAGAAAAUCUUCCUGAGUUGGAAGGGGAAAUCUUUGAGUCUGUGAAGCCGGGUCUUUCUGCAUAUGCUGAUCAGCCUGAAAAGGGUGCUGAAACUGUCAAAAGGUUGCUGGACAUGGCCAUAGAUGCUGUGCCACCUCAUCUCUGGAAGAAGACCCCAGUGGUGUUAAAAGCCACAGCUGGACUGCGCUUGCUCUCAGAGGAGAAAGCUCAGGCUCUGCUUUUAGAGGUGAGAGAAGUCUUUGAGGAAUCACCAUUUCUUGUUCCAGAGGACAGUGUUAGCAUCAUGGAUGGGUCUUAUGAAGGAAUUUUAGCCUGGAUCACUGUGAACUUUUUGACAGGACAGCUGUCUGGCCAGAACCAGCAUACUGUUGGGACUCUGGAUUUGGGAGGAGCCUCAACCCAGAUCACUUUCCUGCCACAGUUUGAGGAAACUUUGAAGGAAACCCCCGGGGAUUUUCUUACCUCAUUUGAAAUGUUUAAUAGCACCUACAAGCUCUAUACCCACAGCUAUUUGGGGUUUGGACUAAAAGCUGCCAGACUAGCAACACUUGGAGCUUUGAAUAUGGAAGCUGUGGAUGGACAAAUGUUCCGCAGUUCUUGUUUGCCAAAGCAGCUGGAGGCAGAGUGGCACUUCGGGGGAGUGAAAUACUGGUAUGGUGGCAACAAAGAAGGAGAAACAGGAUUCAAGCCUUGCUACUUGGAAGUACUCAAGGUUGUCAAAGGGAAACUGCACCAACCAGAUGAGAUUCGUCAACGUUCCUUCUAUGCUUUCUCCUAUUACUAUGAUCGAGCAGUUGACACAGACCUAAUUGAUUAUGAAGAGGGAGGUGUUUUGGAAGUGAGAGAUUUUGAAAGAAAAGCCAAAGAAGUCUGUGAUAACAUGGAGAGGUACAACUCAGCCAGUCCUUUCCUCUGCAUGGAUCUCACUUACAUCACUGCUUUACUAAAGGAAGGUUUUGGAUUUAGGGACAAUACCCUCUUACAGUUAACAAAGAAAGUGAACAACAUUGAGACAAGCUGGACUUUGGGUGCUACCUUUCACCUACUGCAGUCUCUGGGGAUAACCUAUUGAGCUGUGACAUUCCUGCGGACUUCAGCAUUUCUGAAAGGCUGAGAAAGCAAAUGGAAAUCUCCAGGUACGUUGUUCAGCUGGAGUUGGUCACAGCAGAACACAGACCAAAGGUAUAGAACAGAUCUUCACCCCAGAUUGGUGUUGUGCAUCAUGAGAGUUGCCACAGUGUGAUUUAUGAUUGUGAUUGCUGUAAAUGAUCCAGAAGCUGCCUUCUGACAGACAAAAGACCUUAACCCCAGCGGAGUAUCCGCAAGGCGCUCAAAGCCAGCUUUCACCAGCACGUUUGUAUAGCGUCCCAUUGCUAGAAGCACAGAGUAAGUACCUGGCGUGUGGUGGCAGGCUACAGACAUGUGACUUCCCCUCCCCAUUUUAUUUUAAACACACUUAAGUUUGCUUGUGAGGUGUUAAAUACAGACAUCAAAGAUGGCACCAGCAGUCAUUCAGAGAAAAGUGAACAACACUGGAUGAUGCCAGCCUCAGCGUUUCAAGUACCUGACUGUUAGCUUGGCUAAUACGUUGCAGGAAGACUCUAGUCUUUCAAGAAGGGGUCUAUUAUAAGCACACUUUGGGCAUGGUUUUGGGAAAGGUGUCGGCUAAAACAGAGGUUGUAACUUACCAAGUAUUUCUUUAGGCAGCAGUCAUUUCCUAAGCAGAACAUGUGCCCAACUGUGUUCCUUUUAGCUGCCCUUUACAAGUCUAUGCAGCUAUACCGUACAUCCGGGUAGAAGACCUGAUAACUCGAUUCAUUAGCAUGUAGUCAUAACACAUAGUUGUGCUGGCACAACUAGGCAGCAGUGCUAUUUAAACCCCACUGCCAAAAAAAUGCUUGUCAGGUUACAUCCACAGGGAAAUUAAGGGUGCAGUCAGAUGAAAUGGCUGAUCUGAUAGCUCACUUUGCCCUGAGAGGCAGUUCUGUUUCUCUGCUCUCAGCAAGGCACUCACACAGCUGCCUUUCCCCUGAUGCUGGUGCUCCUCAGGUUCUUUGGUGAGCCAAUUCAUGACACCAAACUUGAUUUAAAUCAACUCACCGAAGCAUCAAGCCUAGUGCCAGCAUGAGGGAAAAGAGCACUACACAGCCUGGAGAGACCUGCUGGGACACAGCCCAUUUUGUCCAAGUGAGCUGUGGGUCUCCAUCUGAAAGUUUGGGCUUACCACUUCCUGCACUUUCCUUAGGAACCUUCUCUGCCUACAGCGUUGUUUUUUGCAGUUGUUUAAUAGACAAAAAUGGGGAGAGAGUGGAAUUAGCAUCAGAAACAGAGGGAGAACAAGAAACGAAGUAGCUCUGCUUGCUUAUCUCUUGUCCCUUUUAAAUUGUUUUAAACUUCAUUUCUCUUUAAUAUAGUGGAGUUGGACCCACGAAAUGUUGUUGCAGGCCUGCAUUGCUCUGGCAUGAUUUUUAAUAUAUAUAUUAGGACUUAAGGAACAGUGUGCCCGGUGAAGGGGUUGCAGCUGUUUGGGAAGGCCAAGACUUCUGUCAGGAUAGCGUGAAGCUAUUUGAGUAACAAUUUAAAGUGACACCAAACAUAGAAGCAAUGAAAGAUCAGUAUUUUAAAUACAGCAUCUCAUCAGCUAGGUUAGAAAGCUGGGCUGUAGAAUCCUGGUUUUUUUGUUUAAUUGGCUGUAGAGAAGAUCAAGGCUGCUUGAAUACCUUGAGGCUCCAGGUGCAGACCUUGCAUUGCCCUAAGCAGAAACAGCAGAAGAGACAACUUUUUCCACCCCAUGAAAUAGCUGGCAGGUAGCUCAUAAAAAAUUAGUAUCUUCUACUCACUACAGAAUGUACAAAGAAAAGGUAAAUCUACCCCAGUCAUAAGAACAGAGGUAUUACAUGACAAAGGGAAGCACACUUUCCUGUCAGGCAUUUACAGUUACCUAUUUGCUCUAACACACCUUUCCCACUUCUGUAAAACCAAAGACUGCUCUGACACUACCUUCCCUGCAAACUGGAUUUGAAAAUAAUUAGCGAUUCCCAGCAAGGGGAGGAAGGAGCUCACUUGUGCCCUCACCAAUCUUGCCAGGCAGUUUGGAGGCACUUGCCUUACUGUGAAUAGCAGUCCACUUGCAGUUAGCAGCGUUCAGUUUGACUGUGGCUGGUCAAGCUAAUCCCUUCUCCUGUCUCAGGUUUUACGGUGCUAGGGUGUGAGGUACGCUUUCGAUUGAACAAGUUCAGUCAGCAACAGGAGAGCAAGGGCUGGGCACAGAGCUAUACCCCUACCUGUCCCACCACUGACACCCUGCUGUCAAUUCAGGCUGUUUCUUCGAAAUAUGAAAUGUCCAUCCUACCUGUAUUCCUCCCUACCAGAAUCCAUUUUGAGAUUCAUGUCGAGCGUCACACCAGACUUCUGUUCCUUGCUCCCUAGGAGCUUGUUUGAACAUGAAGAAGUAGUUGUGGCCUCUUCAACUGCAAACAUUUCUUAUUCCCCUUCCUAGUACCUUGUAAAGCUUAGCACAUGGUCUGCUCUGCACAAGGUGACUGCAAACACAUUCAUUUUGUCUUCAGUGAAGAAUUAAUAUUCACUUCUGUAUUCUCAGAGAACAUGAAGUAGGUGCAGUGGUUACUAGCCAGGCUGCGUCACGCCUGAGAACUAGCUAAUUUAAUAAUCCCAAAGUCGUCUUUCCGUCUGAGCCAGUGCUAUGACAAACUCUUACUCAACCUUGGGGCUGAGCCGUAAGCAGGGAGGCUGCAUUUGAAACAAGAAGGGAAGGUGGGAUGUUGUACGCAAGGAACCAGCAGCAGCAGAUCUGCCACCUGAAUAGACACUCACCCUGCGGAGUGCAUAAGGGUUUGGUUUUGUCUGAAGGGAAAAUGGUCUAGAACGAGACGGGUGCUAUGCAGAGGAAGCUUCUUUUCUGUGUUCUUUGCCUCAGACUCCAGUACUACAAGUGCUAGGUGGGAGCAUCUGCUUCCCAGUGCCAAAGCUGUGUUAAACCCGCAUGCUCACGGCCUGCUUUUGUCACUGGCACAAUUCAUUUACUGAAGCGUAACUGCUGCUCUCUACCAGGGGCCUGAUCCUGCAGUCAUGAGAGAAACAAAAACUCUACCCAAAGGUUUCUUUUGCAAGAAAUUGCAGAAUUGAGCCCCUGCUGUUUACAUCUGAACUACUCAAGGUGGGUGGGGGAUCUAGAGAAGCCAGUCAAGUCCUCACACCUACCCUAGUGCAAUGAGAUUAUUUAUUAGCUUAACUAAAAACUAAGCAGCCUUUUAAGAGUCCAGUUCUACUUGCAGCCCUGAUUUCUGUCUCCUCCUUUGUAAUGUCUUUUAGCCAGUCACUAACAGGAACUGUCUCAUAGGAGUUACUGAAGAAGCACAAAUAAUGGGUUUCAGCUCAGAGCUUAUGCUUCAUUCUUUCUGAUGUUAAUUCCUGAUACUGGUAAACCAUACCUGUAAAUCUUGCCCGUGGGCAGUGCUCACUUAAUUUUGUGAGUGGCAAACGUCUAAUGCAGGAGGCUGGUGUUUGGAACCUAAGACAGAAUAUCUUGAAUGUCUAUUUUAGUAAUUAAAGCAUUUUUAACAAUA